CAUCUAGUCCAGGAGAGGGGAUAGUAUUGUCGAUACAUUAAUAAAUGCGACUGCAGUAAACCAAGCAACGCGAUUAUUUGAACCCUCCGAGCAGCUGCCAACGGUGUGACGCUGCGCGAGCUUGCGCUUGUCUAAACCGCUCGUGUUGAGCGUGCACGUGUGGUGGGUUGGUGCUUUUAACGUGAGCUCUGUGCGCGCGCGCGUACACCAGCGUGCACGGAUGGACCCCGGGCGAGUCACCGCGGUGUACGGGGAGGUCAGCGGUCUCCCUGCGCCGGUUUCCGCCCACGUGAGAGAAGAAGAGCAGCUGUCAGAGCUCCGCACUUACACCGUGACUGCAGAGUGGAGUCAGAGCGACCUGGUCCGAGGCUCCAGAAUUCGCUACUCGCAGCAGUGGACUCUGAUCACAGACAGCAAUGACCACAAGAGCAUCAGGACUGUUCGUCCACCAGGACCCUGUGUACCGGUGUCUGGAGAGUGAGUGCUGAGUGGACUUUCGCCCAUUCAAGGCCUGAGGGCCGUUGUCAGGGAAACAAGUGGCCACCAACUCCUGGAGGUAUGGGACCGACACGGCCUCAGGAAAUGCCUCAACCUGACUGUUCUCAACAAACACGGCAAGGUGUACGAUGACGCCCAGUUUGGCUGUCUGUCAUGGUCGGAGUGUGAGAACAAACUGCUGUAUGUAGCUGAGAAGAUUACGAACACACCAAUCGAAAAGCAUGAUGGGGAAUCUGCAUGCAGGAAGGUAUUACACACACACAUACACACACACACACACACACACACACACACACACACACAACUAAUAGGCCUGCUCUUUAUGUGCAUUCAAAUGAAUAACAUGUCGAUUGUAAAUACAUCAGAAGGAUAGUACAUUUUGUAUAAAAAGUCUGAGUUUCUUGUCGGUUGGUACCACAAACCUUUCAGACUCGGGCUGCGGUUCUGCUCAAACCGCAGGUCAGCGUUAUUCAAGCUCGACCUGUAUGGAAACUGUGAGUGUCUGUCUGGGGACAACCUGUCAGUGUCCUGUCCCAGGCUUAGUCCAGACGGCUCCACGCUGCUCGACCUGCAGGGUCGAGUGUUUGGACCCCACAACCAGUGCCUCAGUCUGCAGCAGUUGGACCUGGGCAGCAGGAGGACGUCCACCCUGUUGGACAUUGUCAACACACCACAGACUGGUGGGCCUCACUCCCAGUUCCCAGCAGAGUGGAACUGCACCACAGCUGGAUUGGCUAAACUGGGCUUUGCUGUGCUCAUGGUGAACUACCGGGGAUCCACGGGGUUCGGCCAGGACAGCAUUUUAUCCUUGAUCGGUCAGAUCGGAAGCCAGGAUGUAAAAGAUGUGCAGACCGCGGUGCGCACUGCGGUGCAGAGAGACAUCGGCCUUGACCCCGAUCGGUUGGCUGUGAUUGGUGGUUCUCACAGGGGUUUCCUGUCCUGCCAUCUGGUUGGUCAGUACCCGGAGUUCUACCGAGCGUGUGCAGCCAGGAACCCUGUCAUUAAUGCUGCUACUUUAUUGGGCACCAGUGACAAAGUAGACUGGCGUUACACCAGUGUGGGCAUUCAGUACUCGUAUGACCAGAUACCCACUGCUGAAGCCCUGGCUGCCAUGUUAGAGAAGUCACCCAUCACACAUGCUGCUCAGAUCAAGGCGCCGAUGUUUCUGAUGCUGGUGGCCCGAGACCGGCGAGUGUCUCCUCACCAGGGCCUGGAGCUCUAUAAAGCACUGAAGAGCAGAGCUUCACCUGUCAGAUUGUUGUGGUUUCCAGAAGAUGGUCAUUCUCUGUCCAGAGUGGACACACAGGCCGACUGCUUCCUCAACACGGUGCUGUGGCUGCACCAGCAUCUCUAAACACACACACACACACACACACACACACACACACACACACACACACACACACACACACACACACACACACACACACACACACACACACACACACACACACACACACACAGUGAUGAAGCUUUGCUGUAAUUUGUGAAAAUGGGCUAUACAAAUAAACUGAAUUGAAACUGAAAAUGUAAUUGCUGAAGGCAAUCUGUUGCUCAUGAGAGAGGAUACAUUUAGUUUCCAGCAGUUGUUAAUUUUGAACAUACCUCUGCCUUUUUGACAACAAAGAAAUAUGUGACAAGGUACUACAUUUUGUAAUAACUUUUCCUAAUCAAAGCAUUUAAUAAAAAAUAUAUCUUAUUAAACCUG